AGUGACAUGUCCACUAAUGAUGUAAUACAGGACACAGCUAAAUGAAGGGUAGACGUAAUAGGGACUGAUUAGGAUGGACCGACCCCCGAGUCAGCGCUUCCUGCAGGUAGAUGCCGCGAGGCUGUGAGUACGGUGCACUUACCACCUGGGUGUAUUAUCUCGGUUGCAGGAUUCGGGUCAGGCCAUCCCGCUGGUGGUUGAGAGCUGCAUCCGAUACAUCAACCUAUAUGGUCUCCAGCAGCAAGGAAUAUUCCGAGUUCCCGGAUCUCAAGUUGAAGUGAAUGAUAUCAAGAAUUCUUUUGAAAGAGGAGAGGACCCCCUGGUGGAGGAUCACAGCGAGCGGGACAUCAACUCCGUGGCGGGGGUCCUGAAGCUGUAUUUCCGGGGUCUGGAGAAUCCGCUUCUCCCCAAGGACGGGUUUCAGGACUUGAUGUCCACAAUCAAGAUAGAGAACGUGUCAGAGCGGGUCCAUCACAUCCGUCAGAUCGUCAUCACACUGCCCCGAGCCGUCCUCGUGGUCAUGAGAUAUCUCUUUGCCUUCCUCAACCAUUUAUCCCAGUACAGCGAUGAGAACAUGAUGGACCCUUACAACCUGGCGAUCUGCUUUGGCCCCACGUUAAUGCCAAUCCCUGAUGGACAAGACCCGGUGUCCUGCCAGGCGCACGUCAAUGAGGUCAUCAAGAUGAUCAUCAUUAACCAUGAACUGAUCUUCCCCUCUCAACGUGAACUGGAGGGGCCAGUGUACGAAAAGUGCAUGACGGGGGGCGAGGAGUACUGUGACAGUCCUCACAGUGAGCCGGGUGCCAUAGAUGAGACUGACCAUGAUAACGGCACAGAACCCCACACCAGUGAUGAAGAGGUUGAGCAGAUUGAAGCCAUUGCUAAAUUUGACUACAUGGGUCGUACACCUCGAGAGUUGUCCUUCAAGAAAGGGGCAUCCCUGCUGUUGUACCACCGAGCGUCGGAGGACUGGUGGGAGGGUCGUCACAAUGGAGUGGAUGGAUUAAUACCGCACCAGUAUAUUGUGGUCCAAGAUCUGGAUGAUGCCUUCUCUGACAACCUGAGCCAAAAAGCGGACAGCGAGGCGAGCAGCGGACCUCUUCUGGAUGACAAGUCCUCCUCUAAGAACGACAUCCAGUCACCCACCGAGCACCUGCAGGAAUACACCUUUGCUGGAAUUUUGGGCAGGGUCAGGCUAAGGUCUGAUGGGGCUGCGAUACCCCGCAAGAGGAGUGGAGGAGACAACCACAGCCCCCCACGAGGACUAGGCCCCGGUAUUGACACCCCUCCCCGAGCUGCCGCCUGCCCCAGUAGCCCACAUAAGUUAUCCCUGAGCCGAGGACGGGUGGACAGUCCGGAAAAACGCAGGAUGGCAACAUUUGGAAGUGCUGGAAGCAUUAAUUAUCCUGAGAGGAAAGGACUAAAUGACGGGAUGCCCCUGAGGUCCGUCACCGGAGGCACGAGACACAGCAGCCUGGGAGACCACAAGUCCUUGGAGGCGGAAGCUCUGGCUGAGGACAUUGAGAAGACGAUGAGCACGGCCCUGAACGAGUUAAGGGAACUGGAACGGCAGAAUACGGCCAAACAAGCUCCGGACGUUGUGCUGGACACCCUGGAACCCAUGAAGAAUCCGACUCUGACCACCCCCAACUCUGAGCCAGUCAGCCCCCUGCACACCAUCAUGAUUCGGGACCCUGACGCAGCUAUGCGGAGAAGUAACUCCUCCAACACGGAAAUGAUGACCACCUUUAAGCCAGCGCUGUCUGCCCGCUUGGCCGGCGCCCAACUGAGACCACCCCCUGUGAGGCCGGCCCGGCCGGUGGCCCAGCAUCGAUCUAGCAGCAGUAGCAGUUCUGGGAUGGGUAGCCCGGCUCUCACCCCCACAGAAAAGGUGUUUCCUAACAAUUCUUCAGAGAAAUCCGGGACCAUGUAACUCUUAACCCUUCGUGCUGAUGGGCCCUACUGGGAAAAGCUGGAGAGAGUAUGUACGGAAGAGAGGGGGAGGGCCAGCAUUUUCACUAGGCCAUACAUAUCCCCAACUUUUCCAUCGCUGGCCAAUGCCAAACAUCAUCCAUGGGACGUCCCUUCAUCUUUAGCCUGUUACCAUGUGCAAAACCAACCUUCAGAUUGCCUUAAAACGCGCCAGUGCCGUUUGGUAAAUCCACUUUCCGUUUUUAGCUUUUUUUCAUUCUUCGGUUUUACCUCAGUCUUCUGUAAACCACGCAGAAGGAUAUGGCAUAUGUAGGAUCUAUGCGUGCAGGUGGUGGAUCUGUAGGGUAUUUGAGGAAGCUUCUCUAGGAUCGAGGAGGCUUUUCACAUGGUGGAUUCUAACAACGAGAAGACCUGGGGAUUUGUCCUGGAAGGUCGGCCACUACCUGCUGCUUUAUUGGUGGGACAUGUAGAAGUUUGGCUUCCAAAGCCUUUGGGAUAAGUACUGGGCUUGACCUGUACCGCGGUCCAAGAUGUGAGGACCGACUGCACCGCUGAUCUAGAGCAAUAUGUACAUUUGUAGAUAAUUACUCCGAAAUGUUAGCUCUGUUGUGUACCCUGUGGAGGCCGCAGGCCGUGUGGUUAUACAUCAGUACAUAUACAUAGCAGUACAUCUCAUGUAGGACAAUGUGAAUUAUGCUUGAAUUUUAAAACCACAGAAAGGUUGUCACUGGAAGGGAGGUGGACAUGUACAUAGUGUGAACACCCCACGCCCUUACAUCUAAUACCUGGCUCUCCGCCAUGUUCCUGGGAGUCAAGCUGGACCAAGAUACAUUUUCUGAGCACAUGAGGUAGAUCAGAGUCUUGAGGGACAGAACUUGAGGUGUACAUGCUUGACCACAACACCGGCCUAAGUCUGGGCAUGCUGGGAAUUAUAGUCCUUACACAGACCGAGCUGUACUGGUCCCUAAUGAUGGUGCUGAAAAAAAUUACUGAACUCAGAGAAGAUUUAGUUUUUUAGCUAAAAUGGGGAAUGUGACGUAACAGUAAACAGUCCGAUUCCGUAUUCUGUCCAUAGGGGGCAGUAGUAUUACAGUGAGGAGGCAGCAAACAAGUUCUGUUUUUUCUGUACAAGGACUGAAUGGACUUUAAUAGUGACAACCUGUUGUGUGAGCCAGAAAUGUGCUCCGAGUAGUUGUCACGUCCCGUCCCCCAUUCCUCUUGCAGAUGAUUUAAUGUGCACAGGAGAAGCCGAGCAAUCCUCUCUGGUCACAAGCCGAUCGGCAUUGCCUGUAUGUGACCCCUCCAGCCUCUAAUACUGAAUGAGACUAGAGAAAACCCCAAAGGCAUGAUAACAGUACAGUAUGACAGGCUGGAUAAUGUGGUAAUACGCCAGUCUGCUUAUCUGGAUUGCACUGAUCCCCACUACAAACCAAUGUGAUGUGUGUCAAAUAUAUAGUGAGAUUAGAGGUGGUUAGUCUCAGUAAUAACGGCAGGAGCCAAUUCUCAGUUGGCAUUACAGCAAAUAUUCAACAGUAAUCACCAUUUUACAGUCUAAAGAUAGAAUUCAGCUAUAGCAUGUAUUAUACUCCAGAGCUGCACUCACUAUUCUGCUGGUGCAGUCACUGUGUACAUACAUUACUU